AUGCCGAGGCGGCUAGGCCCCCCAGGAGCCGGCGUGCCGCCUACGGCCCGGUCCAUCUCGCGCCGUUGCCUCCGACGACAUUUUGCGAAAAUCACCUCCCCUUUCCUCCGACAAACAACACACUCCCCGCGCCAAAGCCAGAGCUCCCUUGCUCGUCUCCCCCUCACCGGAGCUCCCCCUCGCCGGAGCUCCCCCGUGCCACAGCUCACCUCCUCUGCUCCCCCGCACAGCUCUCCCGCGCGUCGUCGGAGCUCCCUCUCCCCACGCCACUGCCGUGUUGCUUCCCCCCUCCUCGUUCCUCUCAUCGUCCCCCCAUGGCGAAUCACGGCGAGGAAGGCUCGACUUUUUUCGAUCUGCUAUCCGACGGUGUCCUUCCCCGAGGGCGGCGAGCCGGAGCUUCCCCUGCGCGUCGUCGACCACCUCCUCAUUGGCUGGACGCCGUCGACCAUGAACCCAGUAUUCUCCAAGCGCACGCCGCUGUGUGGGUCGCCGAGACGCCGAGGCCGAGGCGGAGCUCCAGGCCAUCGAGGUCGCGUACGCCGCCGAGUCCGGCAAGCGCCGCCAACUCCCAGACUGGUCCAAGGCACCCGCCCCCGCCUCCGUCUGCCCAUAGCCCAACCCAGUCCCCUCGCCCCCCUCCUGCCAAGUGGACUUCACAUUCCAAAGGAGGGACAGAAUCUGGAGUAAUUGAUUAUUUCCAAAAUCUGGAGUAAUCUUCUCAAGUUACAUGAUCAGUUGUGCUUGACUGAAAAUUUUCACAGGAAAAUUUUGACUGGAGUAACAGAGGCAUAACAGUACAAAUUACAGGUAUAGAUUGCUCUGUUCAACAAACUUCCUAUCAGUCCAACAAUGUUUCUGAAUCUAAACUUUUUCAGUUAACAGAACCUGAACCUGAACAUGUUCAGUUAACAGAACCUGAACUUUU